AUGGACAUUUUCUUGCUCACUGGGUUACUUAAAGCUAACUGUGACUUGAAGAAAUCUCAUUGUGUUGGGUUGCCACAUCUUGGGCUGCGGCAGCUGGGCGAGGUUGGCCCCAAUUACAUGUGGAGGAAUGGUGGCCCUGUUGGCAGUGAUGGCACCAGCCGGAUGACUGGCACUCUUGUGAAAAAUGAGAGAGGGUACAUUGCCUGGGGGUGUGCUGUCCUGCACAGAACAGACAUGUAUUCUGAUCUUGUGGCCCCUGUUGCUGGUCUGGGGCUGACCAAUCCAUGCAUAGGUCAUUGCCGUGGCACUGAGAUCCACGCUGGUCCAACCAGGAUUGCUGCAGGGAGCGGCUAUGCAGCCUGUUGGACAAGUGCCUGCGCCGCUGCCACUUGCAUGGGGGGGCUGUGGGAUUGGGACCACCCCAGGUGUACUAGUUUGCACAGAGUGUUGCUGCUGUCAUUGUGCCAUCCCCUGUUCUGGGGUGGUGGCACAAGAAUGGCGGCAGUGGCUGUAGCUGUGACAACAGUCUGGGCUGCUGCCACCUUGGGCUUGGCCACUGCGGUUGUUGCCAUGGGUGCAGCCUACUGGAGAUUGGUGGUGUGUGUGGCAAAUAAGUGUCUGACAAUGAGCAGUGAGCUGCAAUUCAAGCUGGAAAGCGUAGAAAUGCGUUUCGCAGGAUGGAUUCUUGACAGUUUCCGCUUCUCCCAGUUCAAGAAAUUAGCAAAUAAUUGGGUUUUGACUUUGCUCUUGGCGUGUUCUACACGAUUGCCUACAGUGGCGAAAAUGUGCGAGAAAUGUUACCCCGCUGCUGAGGGUUGGGUGAUCCGUGUUUACCAUGAUUUUGAAGCAACUGACCCCAACUUCCGAUCCGUCAUGUGCAAAGCGAGCUGCGAAUUUGCCAAUAUAGAUUUUUGCUACGUCAAAAGCCUUCAAGCGCCACUUGAUUCAUACGCUUCUCCAAGUGGCAUGUGGGGUACAAGUAAGCUGUCCCAAUUGGCCAAAAAUGUCAACUGGGAAGAGAUAGAAUCAAAGAUGCUGAAGCAAAUUGGAGCAAAUCCAGUGAUUAGAAGCAUGAAAGGACUGGACCAAGUCAUCAUUGGAUCCGUCGUAUAUCCAGCUGUUUGCAAGACUCCUCUUGACCGGUCACUCAAAAGCUUGUCGGAACCCAUUAAGUCCACUGAAAUCAUGUCAUAG